AUCCCGACCCCCACUUUGGGAACCCCUGCUUUAUGAGGGCUUCACAGACCUCCCUAAAAUCAGAAAACCUGCCGUGACAGUGAUGAAAUGCGCUUUCACUGCCUUUGACUGUGGAGUUGGAUCAAAACACACCUUCCCACUUUAAAACGCUCCUCUGUCUGUAGCAGAUCGAGUUUGCUCCGGAGCCGUGGGCGUUUACACAGGGCACGUGAACGCAUCACUCAGUAAACGUGUUUGUGUUUGUGUCUCCGCCCUGACGGUGACAGACGGCUCCCAGCAGCACAGCUUCAGGACAAACACACCGAGCAGAGACCGACUACUAUCUCUACAACAUGAAGGCGAACAGCGUGCCCCGGAUCCUCCUGAUCACCCUGUGUACCCUGGUCUUUGUGAUCGUGUUGGUUAUUAACGCUUUGGCUGGAACGGGCAAAGGUCCCUUCCACUAUACUACAGGAAAUGUGUCAGCUCGCCAUGAGACCAACAUCACUCCAGCCGGCUGGACCUUCUCCAUCUGGGGCGUUAUCUACACCUGGCUGACCCUGAUGGUGUUGUACCUGACGUCAUACGUGUGCAGAGGAUCCUGGGCUCAGAGUCUGCUGCCCUACGCCUUCUAUGUCUGCUGGCUGUGCAACAUGGUGCUGAACAUGAUCUGGCUGGUGCUGUGGGACAGAGAGGCCAUGCUGGCAGCUUUUGUUGUUCUGAUCAUGGUUGUUAUUUCCAACCACUGCGCCCUGUUCUUCUGCUGCUACGCCACCGAUUACUACGGACUCUGGUUACAGAUGUACCACCGCAAGGACCUGUUCUGUCUCAGAGUGCUGGUCCAGAACGGUCUGGCUCUCUACACCACGUGGACCUCCAUCGCCUCCCUCAUCAACUUCUCCUUGGUGCUCAACCUGUGGGGCGUGGACAAGACCACGGCAGCGACGGCCUCUCUGUGCAUCCUGUUUGGAGAGGUGAUGGGAUGGUUCAUCCUGGAGAACUGGGUGCUGGACCGCUGGGUGCGUAACAUCCUGACAGUCUACCCCGUGGUGAUCGUGGCUUUGGUCGGAAACGUCAUGAAACAUUUCAACCCAGAUGACCCGACUCCUAAUUCAAUCUUCAUGGUGGUCCUCCUGGUGUUGGCCUGCGUCCUGCUGGUCUUCAGAGUGUGCACCGUCAUCUGGAGGAACUACUGGCGGCCUCUGCACUCCCCCGGCUCGGCCCGGCUGAUGAUCUCGCCCCUGGAUGGGACCAAGUUCAGGAUGUUCUCUUAGAGUGAAGCGUCCUGCACCACUGAAGCCUUCACACUCAGAGCUGUCUCCUUUAUUUCAAUCCCAUGCUGAAGGGUAGAUCUGCCUGUUUGAAAGUGAUCUUGAUGCUUGUGAGGUUUUUAACUUGUUGAUUUACAUGAAGUGAGUUUCUCUUGAUGAAGUGAGAGAGAGAGAACAGAAGGAUCCUUUCCUCUUCUCUCUUUGUCUCCCUUUAAACUGCCACAUUUUCAGAUCUAAAACUUCAACUUAAACCACUUAUUGUGUAUAUAUGAAGUACUUUUAUACUAAGAGAUGCAUGAGAAUUUAUUGUUUUUGUUAUAAUUGAAGAAACUUUUACAGUGUGACUUAUUUCUAAACCUCUUCACACACGAGAUUGUAAGCUGUUAUUUUGAAAAUAGAUUUUAAAAGGUGUCUUUUCUAACUCUUAUCAUAAAUCAUAAUGUUUUUAUUACAUGUAAAACAACCUGGUCUCUAUAAAAUGUCAUGCAUGAAGUAGUAAAAAAACGUCUGCUGCAUUUGGUAGGAGAUGUUUCCAACAAGUAAUAAAUCAGAUACAUGAA